GGCAACAUUGUGAUGUUUUGUUUGAGCAAUUCUAGUUUUUUAAACUAAAACUAAUCUUGCCUCUUGUUUUCACUAAAAUUAGUAAUCUCCACAUAGAACUUUGUUAAAGUUAUUCUCUGUAAUUUUAUUUAAACGUCAUCUUUUGAAUUUGAGCUCAGCCAUCUGAGCUCCAAAGGAUGGCAGGCAAAUCUCUGCAAGCGCUCCUGCUUCUGUUAAGGCUGUGGAUUGUGACUCUACAAACUCAAAUUUCAGUGCCGUCCACUGUUCCCACAUCAACAGAACCCCCAGUUACAAACCCAGACAAUUUAACACUUCCUGGUUCUCUUUAUCCAAUUUCUGGAAUUGAAAGUUUUCAAUCUGAUGAUGGAAGUUCUCCACUGAUUCACCUGCAAAGAUCUUUUGUCUACUUUGGAAAAACAUACUACACAAUUUAUGUUAACCACAAUGGACACCUGACAUUUAGUUUUCCCUAUUCCUCAUAUAUACCUCAAAGAUUCCACCUCUAUGGAUCCAGUGAUAUAAUUGCUCCAUUCUGGACAGAUUUGGACAACAGUCAAACUGGCUCAGUUCUCUACAACCAAUACACCAAUGGCAGUGUCCUCCAACAAGCUACACAGGACAUUAAUAGCUACUUCCCAAACCUCAACUUCAGUGCUGUUCCC